UUUGGCAGUAAGCCGUGGAUCUCGUGGAGUGAAUGUCCCGCAUGUUGCGAUCGGUGAUUGGCAGCCCCCAUUUCCUCCUGGCAGCAGUGCUCAGCUACCAGAGCUCUCGGGGCAGCGUCCCAAGGGGCAUUCCCUGCUGUCUCAGCCUGGUUCCACGGGUGUCAGCUGAAGCCUCCUGGCGACGCUGGCAUCCGCGGUGCCACUGCAGGAGCCGUGGCGGUAACCCCGCUGGGGCUGUCCCGUUUUGGUACCGGUUGCUCGCAAAGACCAGCAGACUGUGUCUCUGAAAUGUAUCGGCAGUUGUGCCUAAAAGAUGAACAGGAGCUUUAUUCUUUGGUGACUGUAACAAAUAGCUGCUGUUAAUGCUUAAAGUCUCUGAUAAUCCAUUUAAUCCACAGACUUUUCUAAGUCUUCCUUAUAUUCACCAACAGUAGGUUUUUGUUUUCUGCAGCUAUUGAUUUCAGUUUUUCCAGGCAUGACUUGUCUUCCUCCUGCAUGUGGAUCAGCAAAGGGCAGAAUUAAUGACUGCUGAAUCAUAACAGAGUCUUAUACAAUAGAAUGCGAGUUAAUUUGCCUAAGAAAAACUAGCUUCGGUGAUACUGGUACCACUUUUAAAUGUUCGGGUAGUCUUCUUCAGGACUUGUUCUGAAUAUCUCGGGUUUGAGUUCUCUAGAUUGUCAUUUCAUGACUUACGGAAGUCAUUGGGUCUCAUAGUUUCCUUUUCUUUUGGACAAUAUUAAAUAUGUCUGCUUAAAAUAUAACUUGUGUUUUAUGGUGUUAAUAUCUAUUGAGUGCAGUGUUAUAAUGAAUCUAAAAUAAAUGUUUCUAUGUGCAGAAUGGAGACUGAUUGCAAUCCUAUGGAGUUGCCCAAUAAUACAGGGUUUGAAGAGGAUUCUGAUUAUAGAGACUUUGAAGGAACAGAUGUGAAAGAUAUGAGACUAGAAGCUGAAGCUGUUGUAAAUGAUGUUUUGUUUGCCGUCAGCAACAUGUUUGUGUCAAAAACCCUUCCCUGUGCAGAGGAUGUGGCAUAUAUCAAUGUGGAAACCAGGGAAAGGAACAGAUACUGUCUGGAGCUCACUGAAGCAGGACUCAGGGUAGUAGCUUAUGAUUUUGAUCAGACUGAUGACAGACUGCAAACUCCAUACCAUGAAACUGUCUACUCCUUGUUGGACUCUCUCAGCCCUGCAUAUCGAGAGGUGUUUGGAAAUGCACUACUACAAAGACUAGAAGCUUUGAAGAAAGAAAGUCAGUAACGAUUUACCCAGAUAAUGAGGAAGAUUUAGUGCCAGAAGGAAUUCUUAGUGUGAAGCACUGAGCUCUUCCUUACAAACAUCUUGAGCUUCAUUUCUUGCAUUAAAGUCUACUUCCUAUUAGUACAUUAUUAUAUAAUGUUUAUAUGUUAUAACAAAUAUAUUAUACAACAUUUUGCUACCAUGGAUUUGCAUAUAUCACAAUGUUAUUAAAAGCCACUUUGAUAAAUAAUGGAAAAAAUUCUUGAUUUUACUUUUUGUUGUAAAUGAGCAUGUAAGUUGCUCCAUACAAUGUUCAAAAACCUUGGUCUCCUUUCCAAGUCUUAGUAUUCAAAACUAAAAGAGUAGAGACUGAAUGUUAUAGAUAUAAGUAGUAAUUCUUUGUGCUUACUGAUAAUUUUCAUGCCUUCUUUUUAAAAUAGAAGGUAACUACUUGCUCUACCCAGUUACUGAAAAAAUAACUGGAAAGCUUCUGCAGAGAAUUUCUGCUUGAAUUGCUAUACAUAAAUCUGAAAGUUCUCAGCUUUGUAGCAGGAAAGAUUGUUCUUCAGCAAUUGAGCAUUGCUUAUAUAGUGGCAGUAUCUGAGUAAAAACAAGGCUCAGCGUUAAUUGAUCUGUUCUUGUCUAUGGCAACCAACAAGCUCCAAAUAAUAAAUGAGAUGAACUGCUUAUAUAUGAAUGUAUUGUCUGAACCACAAAUGAUUAAGCACAGAAUUGAUGGACUACACAUUUCCUAAAAAUUGUUAUAUAUGUUGUAUAUAUGUAUGCUAUACUGCAACUGUUUGAGAGGCUUGGGAGGCCUGUUUACUAUUUUGAAUGUGUGUUUACAGGAUGUACAGGAUAUACGCAAGAGUAUUUUUGCUUCAGCCUUUACUUUCUAUAAUACAGGACUUUGGUACUCCCAAUUUUCACAUUUUCUCCCUCAAUUGUACAAUGUCCUCUCCUAAUCAAUACUAAAGUAAGCACUGUAAUGUUAAUUGCAUUGUAUUGGUUUGAAACCAAAGGCUGUAUGAAAUUUGCUAAGACUAAUACAAGCUGGAAGAUAUAACUUGUAUUUUCUACUUAAAAAUUGGUACAACUCUCUUUAUAAAUCUAUUGUUCUGCUGUAUCUUUUCAAGUAUGUACUGAAUGGUAGACUUUUUAAAAAUUAGAGUUGGGUAGAAAUGCUUGUACAGUUGAACUGACGUUCUGGGACAUUCAUACUUUUUGUAUUCUUCUAUUAUUCUGUAUUUGUGUAUCUUUAUUUAAACAAUCCUGCCAUUAUUCUUCUAUGCUUUUGUGACAAGUACAUGUAGUAGCUCUUUUGGAGCCACAUUUAGAGAUUUAUUGGUUCUCACGAAUUCCAGUGACUUCAGUAGAGCUAUGUUGACUUCUACCUGCUAUGGCUUAGUCAUAUUGAUCAGACAAGCCUAGUGAAGCUUUUGUAAUGGCUUUGGGUUAGCAGUGUGCAACUAUGACAAGACAACUGUCAUUAGAGCUUCUGUUUUCGAGAGCUUAAUUUCUUGGUUAUUAUCUUUUUGGGUUGAAACUUCUGAAACUACUCCUCUGCCCUAGGGUAGGCUUCCAUGCUCCAAAAAUUGUUCAUAGGCUCUCUUUUGCACACAGGUCUGUGGCAUGUGGUUAGUCCUCUGUGAGGAGAAUGUACUUUAGCAAAUUUAUAUUCGAAUAUUUUUCCUUACAACUGAUUUACUUGUUCAAUUUCAAUGACUAAAGAACUAAAUAAAUGGA